UAUAGCAGCCGGCUGUAGCUGAAUUAGCCACAGCCACAGGGAGCUCUGCAGCACAGGCAGCCGAACACCGGCAAGUCAACUCUUCUGCGCGUCCCAUUCACGACUUGCUGAUAUCUUUUUGCUUUGCCUGCAUCCGGAUCUCCUUCUCCAACUGGUCUCUCAUUCAGCCCAGCUUCGCCUUUGACCCGAGGAACAAGACAGAUCCUCAGGAGAAGAUCGCAGUUCUCACAAUUCUAAUCAGGAAUAUUCUUGAUUCCAUGGCUGGCACAACAACUGUUGUAGGAUGGGUUGUUUCACCUAUUCUUAGGAAAAUGCUUUCUCUGGUGCAGUCCUAUGUAUCAAGUCAGUACAACUGGAAGUCUAAUAUGGUGUCCGACCUCAAGAAUUUGGAGGCUACAUUAAUGGAGGUACUCCUGGUAGUUGAUGAAGCUGAAAGGCGACAUUUAAAGGACAGGAAUCAGGUAGCAUUGUUGUGCCAAAUGAGAGAAGCAGUUUGUGACACAGAAGAUGUGUUAGAUAAGUUUGACUAUAAACUUAUAAGAGAAAAAGUUGAGCACCAAAGCAUGGCUAGGAGCAUAGUUGCCUCUUCGCUUUCUCUUGGUAAGCGUUUAGUUGGCCUUGACAAGUUGAGAUCAGAACUACAUAUGGUUAUCAAAAGCAUGGCCAGAGUUAAAUCUUGUGCAGAGAUGUUUGCAAGUGUUAUGGCAGUUGAGAGCACUAACUCCAUUAAGCCUUCUGAUUGUGUUGGAACUAGAGUCACUGGGUCUUUUCCACGUGAAGGAACCAUUUUUGGACGAAAGGAGGAGGUUGAUGAACUAGUCAGUUGGUUGCUGCACAGAAGGAAUAUAAAUCCAUCAAAUGAUGAAGGAUCAUUCACUAUACAACUGCAUUCUAUACAUUCAAAAAAAAAUAUAGAGUUGCAUUCUAUUGUUGGUAUUGGAGGCAUCGGCAAGACUACAGUAGCUCAAAGCAUCUAUAACGAUCAGAGAAUAGUAAACGCUUUUGAUAAGAGGAUGUGGGUUUCUGUUUCACAUAACUUUGACAAGAUUAAUCUAAUUAAGGAGAUAAUUGCGCAUGCAUCUGAUGAUAAGAACAUCAAAUUGAUACAUUUCAAUUUCAAUAUGCUCCAAGAAGAACUUCAAAGAAUAAUUUCUAACAAGAAAUUUCUAUUAGUGUUGGAUGAUGUGUGGUAUGACGAGAGUUAUGGGGAACACAUUAACAGAGAGAAGUGGUGGGAACUGAUAGCUCCCAUGGAAAAUGCAGUGGCAGGAAGCAAGAUACUAGUAACAACAAGGAUGGAAUUAGUAGCAAAAGUGCUGGACAGCAGCAGAUCAUUCUUACAUGGCCUUGGACAGGAUGAUAGCUGGGCACUCUUCAGACAUUGCCACAAUUCUAUUUUAAGUUCUUCAACACUAGAGAGCAUUGGAAUGCAAAUUGUUCGGAAACUUAAUGGUUCACCUCUAGCUCUGAAUGUCAUAGGAAGGCAUUUAUACGGCAGACACAAAGUGGCAGAGUGGAAUGAAGUUCUUCAUAGCAAUAUCCUCAAUUCAGACGACAUGUUAACGAUAUUGCGGCCAAGCUAUGAAGGUUUACCAGUACAUCUCCAGCGCUGCUUUUCUUAUUGCAGUUUAUUCCCAAAAGGUUAUCACAUUGAUCCGGAAAAGCUGAUAUAUAUGUGGAUAGCUCAGGAUUUUAUUGACACUAAAGGAAGCACAAACAAGUCUUUGAAAGAUUCUGGAAGAAGCUACUUCGAUGAAUUGCUGUCUAGAUCAUUUUUUCAAAUGCUUAAACCUGGCAGCGAAACAUUUUACGUUAUGCAUGAUAUAAUGAGUGACCUGGCACUUCAUGUUUCUCAGGGUGAAUGCCUUAGGGUUGAGUGUGAGUCUAUGGAGCCAAUGCCUCUUUAUACUCAACAUUUGUCCAUUUAUAGUGAAAACCUGGAAAAUCUUGUGAAUUGUGAUCUGCCAAAAUUGCGUUCAUUGAUAGUUUUGAACAAAUCCUGGUUUUGCUCCAAAAUCUGUCUGAAUCAUGCUAUACUUGGCAAGCUUAAGAGUGUCCGGGUGUUGGAUAUAACCGGUUGUUGUUUAGAACAAUUACCCGAUGCUGUCAAUCGGUUGAUUCACCUUCGUUACCUAGGUAUACGCUGAACUUUGCACCCGUUACCAAGAAAGAUGUUAAUGUAUCAUUUACAGGCAUUGUUUGUGCAGUAUCACUCAUGUUAUUCCCAAAGGGGAUAUAACAGUUCUUCAAUGCAAAUUGCAAAGACUUUUAGAGGCCAUUUCCAUCUUCCAGAAAGCAUCAAUAAACUUGUCAAUCUGGUCCAUGUUGACGUAGAGAAGGCAUAUGUUCUUAUGUUAUCCAGCACUCUCAAGCUUCCAUUUGUUGAGUGUGCUGGAGAAUUCCAUGUCAAUGAUGAGGGAAGUCUACUAGGUCUGAAGGACCUUAACAUGAUCCGAGGACAUCUCACACUUCUGUCCCUAGAUAAGGUGCAAAACAAAGAGGAAGCUUCUAAGGCUCAUCUACACCAUAAGGAGCACAUAAUGAAGUUGGAGCUACAAUGGGGAUCGCUUAAUUUUGCUAGUUCUACCAAACAGGGUGUUGAGGUGCUCGAUGUCCUGAAACCACACUCUGAUCUUGAGGAGCUAACUAUAAGUGGAUAUCCUGGUGCUAGGUCUCCUUCUUGGCUGGAGUCUGGUUGGCUGAGCAGACUACAAUUUAUUUGCCUACGUGAUUGCAACAGAUGGGAGGUACUUCCACCUUUAGGGGAUCUGCCAUUACUGAAAACUGUCGAAAUACGGCGAAUGCAAGGGCUUAGAACACUUGGUCAGAAAUUCUUUGGCCGUGCUGGAUUUCCAUCUUUGGAGAGAUUGCUACUAGAGCGGUUACCAGAAUUGGAAUGGUGUUGUGUCGAUAACGACCAAGUGUUUCAGAAUCUAAGACAUCUAUCAGUUGCUGGAUGUCCGAAGUUAAGAGAAUAUCCUACAUAUCCUUGGACACUUGAACAUAUAGCUAUUCUGGACGAGGAACGAAUUCAAGUUAAGACUUUUAUUCCUAGUGCUAGAGUAUCAAGAACUUUUUGUAUCUUGGUAUCAAGCUUCUUCCAUGUCUUACGUGCACAUCACCUAGAAUUUGUCGAAGAUAUGGAGAUCUAUGUUAACCAUGUGGUAUGCAUGUCCAGAGAAGUGCUAGAAAAUCUGAAAUCUCUCCAGAAUUUGAAAAUAUAUGGCAUACAUAGGGCCAACACUUGCUCUGUGAUUGCAAAAUUGUGGGAUGAGAAUGGGUCAGCUGUGUUUCCUUCAUCACUUAGGAGCCUUCAGUUAGUGCAGUGCUACCUGAAACCAUCCUAUUUCUCCAAGCAGUUGAAUAACCUCUCAUCACUUGAGACUUUGCGCCUAAUAAAUUGUGACACCAUUGAGAUGCCCUGUCCACCAGUAAACAUGUGGCACUUGAGGAUACUAAAACAGUUGGUCCUUUAUAAAUGUGAUUGGAUCACCUUUUUGGAGGGGUCAGAAGCAUUGGUUUCCCUGGAAGAAAUGGCCAUAAGUGACUGUUAUGACUUGAAAUAUGUACCAGAUUUAAACAAUAUGCCAUCUCUUGAGAAAUUGCAUUUGAGACGUUGCCCUCAAGUUAUGCGUUUGUCCAGUGCUGAUUACCAGACAAGAUUGAAGGAACUGGUCAUAGAAUCUUGUGAUGCACUAUCAUCACUUAGAGAGUUGCAAGGCCUUGUCUCCCUUACUAAGCUUAUCGUUGCAAACUGCUCUAAGUUGGAAUUGCUGCCUGGUAUGGAUUCCUUCUGUGCACUUGGGAUUCUGAUUAUUGAGGAUUGCCGUCUUCUGAGGUCACUACCAGAGAGAGGUCUUCCUGUAUCGCUUAGAACUUUUGUAUUGGAUGGAUGCCAUCAAGCAUUAGACGAGCAAUUUCAGAAGGGGGAAGGUCCAGACUGGAACAAGGUUGCUGCACUUCCAGGAUGCAUGCGCUAUGAACAUAUGGCAGAUGUCGAAGAUGAGUCUGUCUGGCAUUCAUUCUAUAACCUUUAUUACUUCUAGUAUAGCAGCUCUCAGCUGUGCUUAUUUUCAAUUGUUGUGGCAUACCUAUACGUCAAGUUUUUUUCAAACACUGGACUGAAUUAGAUGUAAAUUACUUCUUUUCUGUACCUUGUAUUUGUAUAUUGAGGCAAAUUCCAGUUUAGAAACUAACCAAGAUUUUUCUGUAAAUUCAGAAACUUUUCAAGCAUUUCUGAAGUUUUGAAAUAUAGAGACAUCUCAUGAAUUUCCAAACAAAACAUAAAGUUGGCAUAGCAAGUGUAAAACCACAAACUCUGACACACCAACAUAGUUCAUUUUAUUUAUGCGGUAUAUUCUAGAAGAUUUGGAGUUGGUUUGUUGUUUUCUAAAAAAUAAUCUACAUACCUCUGAAUUCUUUAAAAUUUUGCAAAUAAGUGAACUUUUCUUGAAUGAAUGAAUAUUCCUCUCACACCUACCAAUUAUAUGUGCCCUCAUUUUCUGCCCCCUCUACCAUUUUGUUAGGGCUAGUUUGGGAGCCAUAAAACCGGAUGUGAUUGGAGGGGCUAAAAUCGCCUUCUGAAAACUAGCCCUUAGUGAUCAGUAAACUUCCCCUUCUCUUUUUCUUUGGAUUUCACAUUCCAGAAUUUCGUCUGAGUAGUAAACCAUAAUAUUUACAUAGUUGUUUUUCUUAUUUAUUUACCUUCACUUGUGGCUUACUAGAUUACAAUUUGGAGUUGGAGAUAUUUGGUGACACCUACCUCGCUGAAGAUAUUCAUGCUCCUCAAUAUUUAAGUUUAAUCUGAGUAAGGCAAGAAAAUUUGUGAUCAUGUUGAGGCCACAAAGAUACAUUGACUGUGUUAUUUGGUUCCCCCUAUUACACAAGCUAUUCUUGAUUAAACAAGCAGUUGAAAUGUUUGAUGUUCAGUUGUUUCCCAUCCAUCAAGUGUUUUGAAACUCUCUUGUUGUUGAA